AUGAGAAUAUUCUCGCUGCUUUAUACAAUCUUGUUUAUAAAGCUAGUGAGGUCUGAAAAGAAGAUUACUCUUGACAUUUUAAAAGCAGACCAAAAGAAUACGAAAGUUGAGGUUCGUAAAGACUCUGGAAUAGAAAUCAAGACGUACUCCCCAAAGGAUGGAUUUCGUAUAAACAAGGUCAAGUAUGGAAGUAAACAGAUAUGGAGUUCUUCCUGGACUGGUUCAGAAGGCUGUAAAAGCAUUCAGUUUCACUCCAAGGGAGAGACAAGACUCGUUGCUUUGUGGAUUGUCGGCAAAGAUAAGGCGCUAGAAAUCAAGCGUUUUAACAAGGUCGGUGAUAAAUGGGAGAAGAUCGAACUGGAAGGCUUUAAUAAAAAGAUUCGGGAAGCAAAAGGUCAAGAUGCUGUUGAACAACCAAAACAGGUGACUCCAUCUACUCCCCAGGGUCCAAUAAAGACAAAUGGACAGGUUAAAGCAGCAGUAGUUCAACAACCAGCUUCUAAACAAACUACUCAACCUAAUACACAGGCUACUCAGCAGAAUUUUUCUAAACCUCAACCUCCACAAGGACGAGCUACUAAACCAGAGGCAGUUCCUACUUCACAGUCACAACGGCCUACUCCCAUAAGCAAUCUAAAAUCAAAGGCUAACACAUCCUCAUUUGAUGUGAGAGAAUCAAACUCUAAUGGCGUAUUCUAUUUGACAUGCACACCAAGGUCUGGCGUUGUAGCUACAAAGCUUGUUUAUGGAGGUGAGACCAUAUGGGAUGGAGGCAGAAGACCCUUAUCUUCGGCUUUAAUCUACUUUAAAGGAGACAAGCCAGAAGUAGUGACAUUACAAUAUAAAGAGAAUGGUAAGGAUCGCACUCUCUUCCUCCAUUAUAACGGUGAAGAGUGGGAACAUAACAAGAAAGAACAUGAAAGAAAGCUUAACGCAUUGAAGGGGCGUCCUCUACAAGUUACUCAACCAGCUGAACCUAAGGGAGCCUCUCUAAAAGUCCAUCAGGUUCCUACACCUCCCAAACCAACAGAACCAGUUACUCUUAAUCUUGCAAAUCCUGACCAGUCAAAAGUACAUAUAGGUGACCGCUCUGGUAAUGGAAUAAAAUCAAAGAAUUAUUCUCCAAAGGAUACCUUUCAUAUAUCCUCUGUUAUGGAGGGAAAAGUAGAAGUUUGGAAUGUGGUCGAUCCAAACACAAAGUGCAAACUUGUAAGGGUGUAUGCUAACAGUGACAUAGAAGUUCUUUAUCUAGAUAUUGACUGUAACGGCAACCCAAUCUCUAGAUAUUUUGAAAAGCAGAAUGGAAAGUGGAAUAGUAUUAAUAAAAUAGAUUUUGAUAGAAAGGUAAAAUCCAUGAAGGUAGAGAAUAUAAAAGAUGAGAAUCCUCCAGAGCCAGAAGAACCCGUAAGCCCUUUCCUGGAUAAGGUAGACUCUUCACUCUUUCAUGUAGAGGAGGCUGAGGAAGAUGGUGUAAAGGUUCUUAAACUGAAGGCUAAGGAGGGUGUUACUGCUAACAAGCUCACUUAUGGAUCUGACGUAGUCUGGGAAGAUAAGAAGAAAACAUGUCUCUCGGCUAUCUUGUAUAUGGAUGGAGAGAAGCCUACUCUUGCUGUUUUAGAAACAAGGAAUAAGAAUAAUAAGCAGAACAAGGUUUAUAGAUACCAUAAUGGUAAAGAGUGGAAGAAUGAUAAUGAGGGUGAGCAUAAUAGUAAGCUGAGUGCUCUAAAGAAGAAAUGUAAGACUGUCAUUACUCCUACUCCGUCUCCUGCAAAUACUACUAAACCAGUUACUUCCCAAGCAAACGCCCCUAAACCAACCACUCCAUUCAAACUGGAUAUCACUAACCCUGACAGAACUAAAAUAAUCAUUAAAGACGUUAACGGGAAUGGAUUACCAUACAGAGAAUAUGUUGCAAAGGGUGGUUACCAUAUAUCCUCAGUUUUAGACGGAAAGGUUAAUCUUUGGAUCGCACCUCAAGGGCAACAGUGUAUAGCAGUUAAAUCCUUUAUACAAGACGCAGUCACGAUCAUUGCCAUAUUUAUAAAGGAGGGUGAGACAAGGAGGCGUAAAUGCAUUGAGAAAGCUGGUGGACGGUGGAAAGAUAUUGAUGGUCAAACAUUUGAAGAAAAACUAAAAGCAAUCAGGGAAGAACGAGUUGCUGGAAAUGAGGGUGCAGGGAAUGAUGGUUCACCCUUUGGUAUACGGUCUCCUGAUGAUACUGAAGAAGCGGCACCUAAACCUAAUGCUGCCAAAAAAUCUGAGCAUGUGGUUAAUGUGCAUGCUUCUGAGAUUUACACUCCUCCAGCAAAGAAACAAGAGGUUGCUACCAAACCUGAAAGUGUAACGGAAGAUACAGAACCUCAAGCUCCAUCUAAACCUCUUACAAAUUGCUCUCUUGACCUAGCCAAUAUUGACGAGGAUGAAAUAUCUGUAAAGGAAAAUAAGAAUUAUGGAGGUGGAGUAACACAAAAGGACUUUUCUCCAAAGGAAGGUUUCAAAAUAGAUUACAUUCUUAAUAAUGGGACACCAGUUAUUAAGCUUUCAGAGGGAGAGGAAUUUAGAUCUAUACGUUUGUAUUCCAAGGGGAGUUCCUAUCUACUCAUGAUUACCAUAAAGAAGGGUCAAGUUCCUGAGCACCAAUAUCAUGAGAGAAUAGGUGGAGACUGGUACAAGCUCAAGGAUAAAAAUGAGUUUAAUAGGAAACUAAAUGCAAUGAAAGGUUCUGGAUAA